AUGGUAGAGAAUGAUUCUAUUUUAGCUGCAUUUCCCGCUACAGAGAGUCGCAUCACUUGUGGUAUCGCCUUCCAAGAGGAACUCGAUAUUGGAAACGUGCUCCUGCGUUUAGCUCAUCUUUAUGAGGUGGGAGAGGACAAGGAACUUUCAGAAUUGGCAAGCGUGCAACUGAAGAAACUCUUCCCUAGAAAAAAGGUAGAAGGUGGGAGAUAA